UAGUGUAUAAUAUUAUUAUAAUGCAAAUUAAACUAUCUUAUCUCAAAAGUAACGAUAUGUGAGACAAGCGAAGAAGGGGAAACAUGGCAGUAGACGGUCGUAAAAUAAGACAAUCUUUGUAUCAAGGUUCGGACAUAGAACAUGAUUUUCCGUGUUUACCUUGUACUAAAGAAGAAAAGAAUGUAACCGCUAUCAAACACUGUGUGGAAUGUGACGAAAACCUUUGUCAAAAAUGUGUUGGUGAUCACAAUAAAUUUUCGGCAAUGAGAAGUCACCAGUUACUUGACACGGUGAAACAACCGAGCGGGAAAAAGCAAGAAUUACCAAGUCAAAGAUGCGAAAAACAUGGAGGAAAAUUGAUAGAUGACUACUGCCCUGGUCAUGAUAAGGUUGGCUGCUCAACUUGUAUGACUGUUGAACACAGUGGCUGUAAAGACAUUACCUUCAUACCUGAACCUAGCAUGUAAAACUGGCACCACUCAGGCAAUAAAGAUCCUCGAAACCGAAAUAAACACACACUAGAAUCCCGCUUC